AUGGCUCAAGACGGCAUCUUCAGCGCCGACCUCCUCUCCCCCGAGGUCCAGGCUGUUCUGCCCGAGGGAUACACUCUACGCGCUCUGCGCAAGUCCGACUUCAACAGCGGUUUCCUCGACUGCCUGCGCGUCUUGACCACCGUCGGCGAUAUCACUGAGGACGACUUCGUUAAGCAGUAUGAUAACAUGGCCGCUGCUGGCAGCUACUACAUCAUCAUCAUUGAGGACACUUCGCGCACAGAGCGACCUGUUGUAGGAACUGGCGCUUUGAUCACCGAGCGCAAGUUCAUCCACAGCCUUGGCGCCGUCGGCCACAUCGAGGACAUCGCCGUCGCAAAGGACCAGCAGGGAAAGAAGCUUGGUCUCCGAAUCAUCCAAGCACUCGACCACGUCGCCGAGCAGGUCGGCUGCUACAAGAGCAUCCUGGACUGCAGUGAGGCCAACGAGGGUUUCUACGUCAAGUGCGGCUUCCGACGAGCUGGUCUCCAGAUGGCCCACUACUACGAGGGUGGCAAGGGUAAAUCCCAGUGA